CCCGGAAGGCGAUGGGGGUGGAGCUGGAUCCGGCCAUGGCAGCAGCCUGCGCGUUGCUGGUGAUGGGAGUGAGCGGCUCAGGAAAGUCCACCGUGGGUGCCCUGCUGGCCUCUGAGCUAGGAUGGAAGUUCUAUGAUGCCGAUGACUACCACCCAGAGGAAAACCGAAGGAAGAUGGGAAAAGGGAUACCACUGAAUGACCAGGACAGGAUUCCAUGGCUCUGCACCUUGCAUGACAUUUUACUAAGAGAUGUGGCAUCAGGACAGCGUGUGGUUCUGGCUUGUUCAGCACUGAAGAAAAUGUACAGAGACAUCUUAAUACGAGGGAAGAAGAGUACUUCUCUGAAAUAUGCAGAAUUGGAAAAGGGAGAAGGGCCAACUGAGAUGCAGCUCUUGGUGAUCCAUCUGAGUGGGUCAUUGGAGGUCAUCUCUGCACGGUUACAUCAGAGAAAAGGGCAUUUUAUGCCCCCUGAGUUAUUGCAGUCUCAAUUUGAUAUUCUGGAGCCUCCAUCAGCUCCAGAGAAUUUCAUCCAAAUCAGUGUGGAGAAAAACCUUCCUGAGAUCAUUUCUACAAUCACCAGGACUCUGCAGACAACAUGAGAAUUGUUUCGUAGCUGUGGCCCAGAAGUAAAACAGAACUUUGUUCCAGUCUUCUUAACCUGCAAGGUAUUUGAAAUUCUUCAGCUGAACAAACCACAGGGAAUUGGUUGAAUUUGUAGGAACUGUGACACACUUGAUACCAUAUGCUGGCAAAUAUGAGGAAAAGGAAGUGGCUUCCAAAGUUAAACUGGUUGAAAUUCAACUCAAACAAAUGAUGAGAUAUUGUAAUCAAUGUAUAUUCAUGCCUAUAUUUUUCUAAAUAAAUGAAACUUGGAGCUGUA